UUACCAGACGCAAGGUUAUUAUUUCCGCAAAAGUUUUCAUGCGAUAAAUAGCUGGAAGAAAGCUUGGAGAAGAACGAGAUUGAAGAAGGAGCUUUUGUGGCUGGUGGUAGAUGGUAAUUUGCUAGUAAGACUUUGGGUUGGGACUCCUGAGAAAGUAACUUUAUUGAGAGAAACACUGCGAUUUGGAACAAUACCAAACGAACGAAAACGAAACUAUAAACUCUGGGCGCUCAACGAUAAAUAGUCAGUUUCUCAAGAUAGUCGUAAAACAUGAAGGCUGAAGUGGAAAUGGCUUGUAGAUUUGUUACCAAGAUGUUAAGAGGUAAUGGAAGGCUAUCGGACAAGCAGCUAGAGAUUUUUCAUAAGAAGAUGAAGGAGAUUUUAUGUGCGCGAUACAAACAUCACUGGCACCCUCAGAAUCCUUUGUUAGGAAGUGGUUUUCGCUGUAUUAGAAUCAACCAUUCGUUGGAUCCUGUCAUCGCUGAAGCAGCCCAAGCGAGCGGUCUUCUAAACAAAGAUCUAUCGCUUCCUGAAGAGCUGACGCUAUGGAUCGACCCGAAAUCGGUGGCGUUUCGAAUUGGUGAAAAUGGAUCCAUUUGCGACCUAGACGAGUCAAUGGUUUCGCAAGAAAACACAAACAAGCCGUCGAAAGAAGCACUGAAUUCCAUGAAUCAAGAAAGAAGAAAGAGAAGUAGCAUGAAUCUCCUAAAUUGCACUAAAGAUGUGGUCAGCUUUCCAGUUUCGUCGUGUAUUCCGUGUUAGGGUAAAAAAAAAGAAACUCUAGAGCAAAAUUAUUGUGUGCAUAUAUAAAUUUCUGGUAUUCAAAGAUAUGUAAAUUUCUCGUUCUAUCGAAUAUUCACUCGCGUUGUGUUGGUGUAUAAAGACAGAGGCACAGAGCUCGGCUUUAAUAAUUUUCUUUUGCUGGGAACUUUUGUAAGAUAAGAGCUAUGACCUGUAUUUUUAACUGUAUAGAAUUUUGUAAAGUCUGUACAGUUUGCUGUUCACAGCAAGAAUAAAAUUGGAGUCUAAAACAUUGAAA